ACCAUAAUUCAGGCUUUACACGCUCGCUGUUAGGUUGACAACGUGGAUUACUCUGACAUCACGGUCACAAAAGCUAGAAAAGGCAAUUUUAAUGGUUCUUUUUUUUAUUCAAAGCAGCAAAUAUCUAUUUAGUUAGUGUUUUUCUACCAUGUCUUACCUGGAGUGGGCUGAGUGUCAGCUCUCAGAGCUGGAGCUGCUCAGCAGCAUGUUCUCUGCUGCGGAGCUGCAGCUCAGCGAGCAGCUGGCGCUGGCGGAGCUGCGCAGCUUCGUGGAGGCUGCAGCCCCAGCAGGCAGCCCGCCCCCCUGCAGACCACACUUCCUCAUCAAACACAAGCUCCCAACUCCAGGCCCGGAGACAGAGGUCGUCCUCUCCUGUUCCUACCCAUCUGAAUAUCCAAGUGUGUUACCAGAUCUAACAGUACGGUGCUCCAGCCUUAGCAGGGCCCAGCAGACGGAGCUCCAGGCACAUCUCAAUAAACACCUCAUGGAAAACUGCCUCGGGGAAGUGUGCGUGCUCGCCGCCCUGGACUGGGUGAAAGACAGCUUGCAGCUUUUCAUUAACAAGAGCUUAUUAGCUGCAGCAGCUCCCAGGAAACAGCCCACCUCUGCACGGGCACCGCAAGCGUUCAGCCGGCUGUGGAUCUACAGCCACCACAUCUACAACAAGUCCAAGAGGAAGAACAUCUUGGAGUGGUCCAAGGAGUUGGGCCUAUCAGGAUUCAGCAUGCCUGGGAAACCGGGUAUCGUGUGUGUGGAAGGUCCUCAAUCUGCAUGUGAGGAGUUUUGGUCCAGAGUGAAGGUUUUGACAUGGAAGAAGAUAAUGAUUCGACACAGAGAGGAUGUCACGCUUGAGCAUCAAGGUGAGGAUGAGGAGACUGCUGAGAGCAUGGACUCCCUGCGUAAAUUCACGGGCUUCGAGGAGGCGAUGUUUGACCCGCAUGGGAGUAGAGGGAAUCACAUGGACCUUGGACAGCUCUACCAGUUCUUAAAUGAGAGAGGCUGUUGUGAUGUCUUUCAGAUUUAUUUUGGCAUUGAAGGGAGGUCAUCGGACCUAGAGAGUAAAUAACAUUGCCUAAAAAUGAGCUGCAAAUGCAUUCAUUAUUCAUUUCAAGUGUAACAUUUGACAGACUAAAGGUAAAAAGAUAAGUAAUGAAGUCAAGGCAUUAUAGUUGUGAUCAAUGUUAUCCAUUUGAUUUUAAACAUCCGUUUGCACAAACUACUUUAAAACAAAUGUGUAUUUCAGUAUGUGGUGUAAAAUUAUGGAACUCCUUAACAACUGAUUUAAAGGAUUGUAAAAAUAUUCACCAGUUCAAGAAAUUGUAUAAAGACAACACAAUCAGACAAUAUGAAUUUAACGGGUAAAAUAUCUUUUGUUGUUUUUUGUUUUUGUAUUGUUGGUGAGUUAGUGUGUAUGUUUUCUUAUUUUUUUGUUUUGUUUUUUCAUUAUUUCUUUUUUUUUUUGUAUUAUAUAAGUAGUGACUGUUGAACAGACGGACAAACCAUCUUCAUACGAAUUGUUUUAUUUUUUUUUGAGAAAGGGGCUUGUUAGAUAAGGCUUUCUUCUUCUUCUUGCCCCUUUUCGAUCAUGGAAUGGAACAUGUAUGUGAACUAUUUCCAUGAUACGGAAUAAAUAAAAAUAAAAUGAAAAAAAUGAAAUAUUUUCUCAGGGAUGUUACUUAAAUUAGCAUUUUAGAUUUAAUCUAUACUGCAGAUCAAACCUGGCCUUAUUGUUUAUUACUCCCAGAUCAUAAUAAGAUUUUCAAGUUUGAUAUUAUAAUAAUAAUUGUAUUAGACGGUCAACAAUAUGCCAUAGCAAUGUUUUUGGAAUUAAUGAUUUAAUUUGCAUGUAUAACGAUAACAUGGAAAGUCUGUCUCUGCUUUUCUUUCUGAUUCCUUGUUUGAAAAACUGUCCAUCAAACAUAAGCAAUACAGCGACACCAGAAGACUUGUGGAGGAUGAAGAUUAAUAUGUUAAUCAUAAACAACCCAGCAGGACAACAUCAGUGCAAAAUAGAUAUAUGAACUGGACUGAAUGUGAUUUUAAGCCAGCCUGAGCUGCAAGGCUCAGCAGAUGGCAGCAUUAGAUAAUCAAAGAAUGCAAACAGCAGCCUUGGCUGUCAUCAGAACGGACCGCAUUCACCUGGGAGAAUAUUAGUUUUCUUAAAUACACUUUCAGGUUUUAGAGUUUCAUGAGAACAACUAUGAUGAAUAAAUAAAACAUGUCUUCAC